AUGACUACAUUUCCAAUCAACUUCGUUAUCAACAAUUUAUUGAAUGUUAAAGCUUUACAAGAUACAAAAAGUGGCUCAUUUUUCUGUUGCGAUUCGUGUGAAACCGAUGAUUCAGCUGCUAGAUAUCGUUGUGACCAAUGCUUACAGUUUUUAUGCGAUUUUUGUGCUGAAGCCCAUCGUAGAAUGAGUGUUACGCGUAAUCAUAAUAUUGCUAGUAUUGAACAAUUACUUACACGCGUAGAAUUAAGCGGUCCCGUUGCUUUACAACGUCCAUACUUCUGCAAGCGUCAUAAAGGCGAACCAUUUCGUUAUUAUUGUCAAGAAUGUCAAGAGCACCUUUGUCGUGAAUGUAUCGAACAACAUCGAACACACACUACUAGUGUAUUAGAGGAUGCUGCAACACAAACUAAAAGGAAUAUUGAACAAGCACUUAAAAAGGCUCGAAUUAACAGUAAGCCUGUUGUCAACUCACUUUUAACGGUGAAAAGUACCAUGAAAGAUGUUAAUAAAAGUGUUACACAAGUUAACAAUGUUAUAAAGAAAACUUUCGAUAGAUUGAUUGAAUUGCUACAAUUGCGUGCAAGAGAAUUAUUUAGUGAGGUGCAAACUAUUAGAUCAGCUAAAAUUAAGCUUCUGCAACGUCAGCAUGAUGAAAUUGAAACUUCGCUAGAGACUACAAUUACUGGUUGUACAUUAGCUGAGCAUGUGUUGAAAGAAGGUAGCUCGGUGGAAAUUUUAAAUUUAGGACCGCAUAUCAUUAAUCGAUUGGAAGAAUUAUCCUCCCAAAAAUAUGACAAAUCCAUUCUUCAACCACAGGAAGAUUCACAUAUUGAAUUCAUGAAUGAAAAUGAAAUCUUUCAACAAGCUCUUAAUAAUUUUGGCAGAAUUAAUAGCAAUGCCAAGACAUGUCCCAGUGCCUCGUCUAUCGUUGAAUGUCCAGCGCUACAUUAUUGUCCAACAGGAAAAAGAAUGGCGUUAACCCUUAUUACCCGAGAUUCUUUCAAUACGCCUCGACGGACAGGUGGUGACAACGUGCAAGGCGUUUUGAGGCGAUUAGAUUCGAACAACAAACGCACAGAAAUAAUUGAUAACAGAGAUGGAACCUAUGCCAUUGUAUACAGUACAUGGAUUUCUGGGCCACAUUUAUUAAAUAUAACAGUCAAUGGAGCACCCAUUGCAGGCAGCCCAUUCAAGAUUAAGUCAAUUACAACGCGAAAUUUUCAAGGAAUUUCUACAGCAAAAUUAAGCUUUAGUCGGCGUGGAGAUGGUUGGGAGCAACUGCAACGCCCGAAUGAUGUUAUUUGUGAUCAUGAAAACAAUAUAUUUAUUACUGAUACUGGGAAUGAUAGGGUACAAAUUUUUCAACCUGACGGCCAGUUAGUGCAUUCUUUUGGUAGCAGUGGGAGUAAUCCCGGUCAAUUCGAGUCACCUUCUUGCUUAACUUUAGAUAUCGAUGGCAAUGUAAUUGUAUCAGAUACGAACAACAAUCGAGUGCAAGUCUUCACUCGAAAAGGUAUCUUUAUUAAGUCUUUAGGCAGUGGCGGUACCGAACCAGGAGAAUUUCACGAUCCUCACGGGAUCACUAUUGAUAAAGAUGGUAGAAUUUUUGUUGUCGACAGUGGUAAUCAUCGCAUCCAAGUAUUUAGUUCAGACGGUGAAUAUCUAUAUCACUUUGGGGCGAAAGGUGAUAACCCUGGGCAAUUAGGGCUUCCCUGGGGUAUUGCAAUAGAUCAUUCCGGCAAUAUUUUAAUUACAGACUAUAAGAAUCACCGAAUUCAGGUUUUCGAUCGAAACGGCAAGUACCGUUAUUUAUUUGGAUCUAGAGGAAAUGAUACUGGCAGAUUAAAUAACCCGACAGGUAUUACGGUAGCUCCUGGAGGUCAAAUUAUGGUAGCGGAUCGUAGCAAUCAUGCGGUGCAGAUAUUUGCCCCAGAUGGUAUGCCAUUACAUAGAUUUGGAAGUAAAGGUGGAACUGUUGGUCAGUUAAAAUUUCCAGCUGGAGUUUGUGUAGAUAAUAGUAAUAAUGUUAUUGUAGCCGAUACAUUUAAUUGUAGAAUACAGGUUUUUUAA